UUUGAAUUUAAACUCCAGUGCAAUAGGUGGCGGUAUGCAUAGUGCUGCCCCUCAGUAAACAGGAGAACAGGAGGUUGGGCUAGCGUGCACUGAUAUUUUCAGUUUCGUUUGUCAGAUCAGUGAUUUUCUUUCGAUUUGUUUAGGUGUAAAAAUGGCGUCAGCAGCAGCAGACAGACACAGUCCAGUACAUGAUCGUCCUAACAUGAGUGAUCUUAGAGAGAACACAAAAACAGGAAGUGAUCGAGGAGAGACAUCGAUGGAGACACAGAUGGAGAAACUGAGGAACUCAUUAGAGAUGUGGUUUCAGUCACAAGAAUCGAGAGAAAGAGAAGAUGAACUGAGGAUUGUGCUGCUGGGAAAAACUGGAGUUGGGAAAAGUGCAACUGGAAACACCAUCUUAGGAAGAAAAGUGUUUAUAUCAGACAUUUCUGAAGAAUCUGUUACUAAAGAGUGUCAGAGAGAAACAUCUGAAAUCAACGGCAGACACAUUACUGUGAUCGACACUCCAGGACUGUUUGAUACUGAACUCAGUAAUGAAGAAAUCCAGAGAAAUAUGAGAAACUGCAUCUCCAUGAUCCUGCCUGGACCACAUGUGUUUCUCUUAUUGAUUCCAUUGGGACGAUUCACUCAAGAAGAAGCAACAUCGGUGAAGAUCAUUCAAGAGAUGUUUGGUGAAAACUCUUUAAAGUACACCAUGGUACUCUUCACCAGAGGAGAUGAUCUGCAUAACAAAACUAUUGAACAGUAUCUGGGAGAACCUGGAUCUACACUUAAAAACCUGACUGAAGCAUGUGGAAACAGAUUCCAUGUGUUCAAUAAUGAGACUAGAGACCAAACACAGGUGACUGAUCUACUGCAGAAGAUAGACAACAUGGUGAAAAAGAACGGAGGGAGUUACUACUCAUGUAAGAUGUUCAGAGAGAUGGAGAGACAAAUACAGAAGAACAUACUGAUGGAAAGAGUCAGAGAAAGAGAAGAAGAGAUGAAGAUGAUCAUGGAGAAAGAAAGACAAGAAAGAGAGGAACAAGACAGAAAGAUACAAGAGAUGGAGAGAGAACGAGAGGAGAGGAAAAAAGAACGAGAGGAAUUGGAGAAACAGAGACAACAGGAAAACCAAAGAAGAGAAGAAGAGGAAGAGAAAUUGAGAAAUAUAAUUAAGAAAACACGUGAUGAAUAUGAUCAGAAACUUAAACGAGAGACAGAGAGAAGUCAGAGAGAGAAAGAAGAACUUCAGUUCAAACAUGAAGAAGAGAAAGAGAGAAUGAAGAUGAAGAUGGAGAAAGACAGACAGAAUUAUGAGAAAGAGAGAAAGAGAAGAGAAGAAGAGUUUAGAGAGAGAGAAGAACAAUAUAAAAGAGAGAUUAAAGACACAGAGGAACAAGACAGAAAGAUACGAGAGGAGAUGAAGAGAGAACGAAUACCCAGUUAG